AAAUACACAUUGAGACAAUUCAACAGCUAUGCUAAAAGGCAAGAAGAAAGAWGSCAAGAAGGAAGAUGCCAAGAARGAAGAUGSCAAGAARGAAGAUGCCAAGAAGGAAGAUGUCAAGAAGAAAGACGCCAAGAAGAAAGGUGAUAAGAAGGCAGCUGGUGAGAAGUCAGAAGCAUCUCCAGUUCCUACAACUGAUAGUAGCUCAACAGUGCUGCCAGAGGUGCACAUUGAAUCAGUGAGUGAAGAAACUCAUGCAAUUCCAGAGGUGAAGGAACCACCAGCCCCACCUCCUCCCCCAUUCCACGAGGAGCCUCUUCUUGUUCAAGUGAUUGUAGAAAGCUAUGAAGGUAAACAAGUUGAUGAGUUCUAUGAGGGWGAAGGAUUUGUGUGUUUUAAGCACGGAGAUACAUACAAGGGUAUGUUUUCUGAAGGGCGUAUGAAUGGACAAGGAGUUUACACAUGGGCCGAUGGAGUAAAGUACGAGGGAACAUUUGUUAAGAAUGURCCGACAGUUAAUGGCUGUUACACCUGGAAUGAUGGCAGUGUUUAYGAAGGGUCAAUCAAAGAUGGACUUAGGCAUGGAUUUGGAUUUUUCAGGAGCGGUACUCGUCCCAUUUCUUACCUUGGUGAUUGGUGCAAUGGCAAAAGACAUGGCAAGGGUAUAAUUUAUUAUGAUCAGGAACAUUCCUCCUGGUAUUCAGGUGAAUGGGUAAAUAAUGUUAGAGAAGGAUGGGGAGUGAGACGCUACAGGUCUGGAAAUGUCUAUGAAGGUCAGUGGGAGAAAAAUGUACGACACGGCCAUGGGAAGAUGACAUGGGUGACAGAUAAUCAAGAGUAUAUAGGACAGUGGUCAUGUGGCAUUCAGCAUGGAUCUGGCAAGCACACAUGGCUCUUGAAGAGAAUGUCUCAGUCUCAGUAUCCUCUGCAGAAUGAAUACGUGGGUGACUUUGUGCAAGGGGAGCGACACGGCCAGGGGAUGUUUGUGUAUGCUGGUGGAUCAGUGUACACUGGAGAAUGGGCUGGCAAUAAAAAGCAUGGCAAGGGCAGGUUUGUCUUCAAGAAUGGUCAAAUUUUUGAAGGAGAGUUCGUAGAUGAUCUUCUGGUGAAAUGUCCUGCUCAUCCAGGGGCUGCUGUGGUGGAAACCAAAAAGCAUGGACACAUUAGCAGAAGGCGUGGCACUAAAAGGACCACAGUCAUUAAUGCYGUGGGAAAGACUUCUAUUCUGGGAGCAGAUAUUGAGUUGGAAAUAGCUGUACUGCUGGAGUUGUUUCUGAGGGAAGACAGAGCAGAAGAAUUGAAACAAGUGGAAUUGGCUGUGUUGAGGCACAUUUCAAAACUGAGAGAAAUCUAUCAGUUCUACAGUCAGCUGGGCUGYGCUCGGUCUCUCGACGGCACUUACGUCCUGACCAAGCUGCAGUUCUGGAGAUUCCUGAAGGACUGCGAGUUUCAUCACUUCUCCAUAACUCUGGCAGAAAUGGAUCGGCUCCUGGGCGGUAAUAAACCAAUUGGGGAUAUACAUUGUCCACAUGAGAUAAUACUGUUCAGAACAUUUUUAUCCUACCUUGUUCACCUUGCAUUUCAUAUGUAUCAUGAAGAGUACAAAGAUGAAGCUCCUCAUCUUAAUAAAUGUUUCUUAGAAUUGAUGUCCUGGAAUGUUCUGCCCUGUGCCUGUCAUGUCCAAGGUAUCUUCUUUUCUGGUGAACGAUUCACAUUUUUUGCCUCGAGCUACAUUGACAAAUGCUGGGAAAUYUACAGAGAUUUUUGUAGACCACGUCUCAGACCUCCAUUUGAACCCACAGUGAGGAUGAGGCAAUUCCUCUGGAUGCUUGAUGAUUUAAAGCUUUUCAAUGAACAAUUAACUGUUCCAAAACUUUUGGAAAUAUUUGUCAAAAUUGGUGCCUCUCUACAUGAUAUCAAUGAACACCGUAGUGCCAACCUGGAUCUGGAGUUGGUUUUUCUGGAGUUUUUUGAAGCUCUUCUUGAAUGUGCAUUGGUGUGUGUUACUGAUGACAUGAUCCCAGAGCAAGUAGCUCAAGAAAAUCGGGAAAGAAAUAUCCAUAAAAUCAAGGGACUGUCCAAGGAAACCUCAACUGUGUCUCUGUACUCAGAAUAUUCUCUACCCCAGCCACGGAGACCUCCUGAAGACAGAGCACUUGCUGAUCAGCCUUCUCUGCUGGAAACUCUUCUCACUUUUCCCUCAACUCCUGGAGAAAGCAAAGAGGAUGUGUCAUUGCUCAAUGAAGAUGUAAAAAAAGAACAAGGYUCCUGUCCAGUAAAGGAAUUGACAGAUGAAGCAAAAGAAGACAAAGAUGAACAAGAYGAGGAAUUGAGUCUAUGGAUGUCUCAGGUGCAAACCUUUUUCACAACUAAAUUGUUCCCUGCUUUCCAGCAUGAAAUGGAGCUGAGGGAAGAAGUAAAAUCAAAAAAAGAGCAGGAUGCUGAAUUAGCUGUGCUGAGAAAGAUGGAGGCUGAGGAGCUGGCAAGACGUGUUGCUGARAAAGAAGAAGAAGAGAUGAGAAGGCGAGAAGCAGCUGCAGCACUGAAGGCCCUUUCCUCCCAGAGUGGGACUCCAAAGGGGAAGCGCCGCAGGAAAGAGGGGAGUGCAAAGAAAGAUCCAUCCAGGAAAGGACUCUCUGCCAAGAAAGAGGAACUGCCAAAGAAAGAGGCCCCCAAGCAAGAACCCCCAGCAAAGAAAGAGCCCCAGAAAGCAGCAAAGCCUGGAAAGGAAAGGCCACAGAAGGCAUCUGCUGACAAAAAGGCAAAGCAGUAAAUCCUCUGCUCACAACUACUGGAGCUUCAACCAAGUACUCUUCAAUUAGGGAAAAAAACCCAAACCAAAACAACCCCAAAAGAACCCCACUYGUGGGAAGCUGUAAGAAUGAUACAACUGUACACACAAGAGGGAACAACCUUYUACACAGGACCUUGGGUGAGUGGUGAACUGGCAGAAGUCACACAGUGCAARUGAACACAUGCUCUUAAAGUGU